GAAGCAAGAACAAUUCAAUCAAUGGAGCCGGGGCAAAGACAUUUUUCAAAUCCAGGAAUGGUGCCGGAUUCCGACACAAGUGGUGCGUUUUAAAAAGACGCCAUCUUUUGCUUACUCCAUGGACUAUAGCUCUUUCCCCGAAGAAUCACACGAGUAGUUCCUUUUUGCUAGCUAUUUUUAGCUUUUCCCGAGAUGUGGUUUAGGGUUUCGAUUUGAAGUACCAUCUGGUCUGAGUAAGCAUGGCGACAUCUCUGAUCUUCUUCUACUACUGCAGUUUUUCGUCGGUUCUAUCUUCAAGUUCUCUUGUUUGUCUGUAAUUUCGUAUUGUUUCCCGCAUAUUGAAGCAUCUUUCGUGAAUUUGGGGUACCAUGCACGUGCUCUUCGGUUGCUUUCUUGUAGGGAUCUUGGUGACUAGAUGUAGCCUUUGCAAGGGGUGAGAGUGUGGAAGAAGAAGACACAGGAGGAGCAAAGAGUGCUGUUUCUUUCUGGAAUUUGCGCCUGUGGGAUCAUAAUUUAAGUGGCUUACAGUUUGACUGAAAAUGGAGCAAGGCUUUGGCUCUGAUUCUGUCCCUGCUCCUGGGUCUGUUGAUAAGUCUAGGGUUUUGACUGUAAGGCCCUUACGAUGCCUUGUUCCAAUUUUCCCAUCACCAUCCUCAUCUUCAUCUCCCCAAGGUGGGCCGUUUAUGUGUAUUCCUCCAAAUGGUCCUUUCCCACCUGGGAUUAGUCCAUUUUACCCCUUCUCUGAGACUCAAAGGACUGAUGAACAAAAUCCUCAAGCCCCAUUUGGUGUAACCAACCAAGCUAUGCAUUCUGGUUUUAACAAUGCCAUUGCGUCACCUGUUCCCAUCAAUUCAUUUAGAACACCGGACGCACAGGCAGUAACAAACUCUACCCAUUAUUCUGGUGCUGCAAAUGGAGUUACAGGGUCUGGGAGGAGGAGUACUAGAAGCCGUGCUGCUGGUGUUCAGUCAGACGUUGCAGUCAUCAAUGAAGAUGGUUAUAGUGACUCCCAAAAUCAGAGUGACCAGUAUCUGAGUAGCUUCAGUAUGCAUGUUAUUGAUGCAGAAGAUAACAGUAAGUCAGGCAAGCGAAGAGGGAAUUACCAAAAGAGGACAAGGAGUGGUGCUGACAUCAUUGCAUCACCUGUCGUUGAUGUUGAUUCAGUGGCCAAUAGUUUCCUGGCGUCGUUAAGCCCUGCAGUACUUGAUGCCCUCAGACAAACUGAUGGUGACAAGGAGUCGGUUAGAAUUAUACUCAUUAUAUUUAAUUUGCUUCGACGAAGGAUUACCCAAAUUGAAGAUGGAAAGGAUACAACUCCAGGCAUUACAAGGCGCCCAGACUUGAGGGCUGGCACAAUCCUGAUGAAUAAAGGAUUUCGGGCAAACAUCAAGAAGAGGGUUGGAGCUGUACCAGGGAUUGAAAUAGGUGAUAUUUUCUUUUUCAGGAUGGAGUUGUGCUUGGUGGGUCUGCAUGCUCCAUCCAUGGCUGGGAUUGAUUACAUGACCCUCAAGGUUAGUCAAGAUGAUGAGCCUGUGGCUGUCAGUAUUGUUUCAUCAGGAGGGUAUGAGGAUAAUGUUGAGGAUGGAGAUGUGUUAAUUUACAGUGGACAAGGUGGGAAUAUUUACCGGAAAGAUAAAGAUGUAAUGUUUCGGGAUCAGAAGCUUGAAAGGGGCAAUCUUGCCUUAGAGAAGAGCUUGCGGAGGGGUAAUGAGGUAAGAGUUAUUCGGGGUGUGAAGGAUGUUGCACAUCCAACUGGGAAAGUAUAUGUCUAUGAUGGCCUUUAUAAAAUCCAGCAGUCGUGGAUAGAGAAAGGGAAGUCUGGUAUCAAUAUUUUUAAGUACAAAUUGGUUAGACUUCCUGGCCAACCUGAAGCAUUUUUGAUGUGGAAAUCAAUUCAGCAAUGGAGGGAUGGUCUUGCUUCAAGGGUUGGGCUAAUCCUGCCGGAUCUUACUUCUGGGGCAGAAAAUUUACCAGUUUCUCUUGUAAAUGACGUUGAUGAUGAAAAAGGCCCUGCUCACUUCACAUACUUUCCAAGUCUCAAAUAUUUGAAACCAUUUAAUUCACCACAAACUUCCUUGAGCUGCACUUGCAGAGGUGGAUGCCAACCUGGUGACCUCAAUUGCCCUUGCAUUCAGACAAAUGGAGUUCUCCCUUACUCUACACUUGGGGUUCUUCUGAGCUCUAAGUCUCUAAUUUAUGAGUGUGGUCCUUCCUGUUUAUGCCCUCCUAACUGCCGGAAUCGAAUGUCCCAGGCAGGUCUGAAAGUCCGUCUUGAGGUGUUCAAAACAAAGGAUAAGGGUUGGGGUCUGAGGUCCUGGGAUCCCAUCCGUGCAGAGGCAUUUAUCUGCGAGUAUGCAGGAGAAGCCAUUGAUAAAUCCACGGGAGAGGAGUUUGAGAGUGAAAAUGAAGAGUACAUCUUUGAUGCAACUUCUAUCAGCGAACCAUUACCACUUAUACAUGGAAAUUUGAAUGAGUCUCAAAAAAUGCCAUUUCCGCUUGUUAUAAGUGCACAAAAUGGUGGUAAUGUAGCUAGAUUUAUGAACCACAGUUGUAUCCCAAAUGUACAUUGGCAACCAGUUUUGCGACAGACUAAUGGUGGAAGUUAUCUCCAUAUUGCUUUUUUUGCAAUUGUUCACAUUCCACCUAUGAAAGAGUUGACAUAUGAUUAUGGGUCAGUUCGGUCCAGCAAUGCAGAGCAGAGGAGGAAAAAAUGCUUAUGUGGAUCGUUGAAGUGCCAAGGUCAUUUUCCUUGAUGGCUCUUUUCUGAAGUUGAUCCUGGAUGUUGCUUGCUAUUUAAUUCUCCCAGACUAAGUUAAUCUGUAGGUAUGGGAGAAAGAGCUUCAUGGUGAAAGAAACUUUUGCCUUCUCUUAUUGUACAUAUCUGAUAGCUGUUUGGUGUAAAAGGGAAUUCUCCUUUUGAUUAUUGGUCCAGCAGAUCUUCUGGUAUGAUAUCAUACCCUCUUUUGAUUCCGGAUGUAUUAUAGGAUGCUCUGUGGAGACAUACACGUGUUGUAGAGUCUGAUGUUUUGUCUUUAUUUUUGUUGGCACAUAAUUGUGCCAAGGGCCCGAGAUACGGGAUCGGGUAUGUAUUAUUGACAGCAGUGUGAUAGGUAUUCUUAUUUUGUACAGCUGCUGUAUACGAAAUAUUGAGAUAUUAUGUUAGAAGGUGAAUUGGUAUUUUAUUCAUGUUUUAUAUCUUGUCAGUAAUAUUGUUUUAUUCAAAUCGAGCUAGAGAACAGGCUUACUAGUCCAUUUUGGGGCCGCUGGGCCUAGGGAUUAGUGCCGGUCAUGACAUACCAGAUUUCGGGUCGUGACAGAUUUAAAACUCACUUAUCUUCCUACAGAUAGUCAAGAGGCGGAUGUAUUCACCAAGGUUAUAUCAAGACUGGGUUUUGAAUCACUUAUUCGCAAGUUGAGAAUGAGGGACAUUUAUUCAUUAGCUUGAAGGGGAGUGUUAGAGAAUCUGGAUGACAACAAUAUCUUAGUAUUUAUUCAUUUCCUAUUGUAAUAAAUUUACAGCUUAGUAAAUCUUUCUAAUUUUCUCCGUCAACCUUCUAGAUUAGGAAAGAAACCCUAUAAAUAUUAUGUUCUCCUAGAAUAGGAAACCUGUUAUGUAUAUUCUUCAACAUCCUAGAUUAGUUCUUCAACAUCCUAGAUUACGCAAUGUUUUUUUUUGUAUAUAUAGUAGAGAGAUCAAUGAAAUCAGUGAGGUGAAUUUAUUCUAAACCCUAUUUUGUUAUGGUGGGGUGACAUAUCCUACAAAAGUAAUAAGUGGUAAAACACAUGAAUGACAAAUUUCCCCUUUUCGUUUGGAAUUCGUAAACACAAACCAUCCAUUGAAGGGGGAAACGUCAAGUUAUGCAUAAACCAUGCAAAAGUAUCAUUGUGUAACGGCAUACAACCCCACGAUCACAUACAUCAAGGGGUAAAUUCCAUCUGGACCCUAUGUGGUUUGAACCAUAUUCACGCAAACCCUAUGUUGUUUGAACCAUAUUCACGCAAACCCUUGUGGUUUACUUUUCACAUUUAAGGUCCUUAUGGUUUAAACUCUCUAUGAGUUCUACCUUCGCACGCGCGCACGCACAUGCACACCCUAUUUCUAUAAUGCUCUCCCCAUUCUUUUGAUGCAGCCAAACGCGUUUUCAAGGGAAUCAUAUUCCCUUUCCCAUUCACUCAACCAAAUGUAACCUAAAGGGCUUGGUUUGGAUUUGAAGUUGAAAACAUUGAUUUUCUCUAUUUAAUUGGUAAGAUAUCAUUUGGGUUUUUGAUUCAACUUUUUUUUUAUCUGCUUUGUUCUUGAUGGAUAUUUUAACACAAAGAAGUUUUGCAGGGAGGAAUUGGAGACAGAGAGAGAGAGAGAGUUUUAUAUUUUUUUAACAGUGUUAGUAGUGAAAGGGGUGUUUAUGAAGAAAAUAAAGCAUAGGGAUCUUAAAUUUCAAAAGUAAACCACAAGGGGUUUCAUUGAAAAUGACCCAAACCAUAGCUAGGCUAGGUGGGAUUUAUCUUAAAAAGUAAAACAUAUAUGAGAUGAUCAAAAUACUAGCUAUGGGGCAUAGUUGUCAAAGGUGAAAGGUGCAAGGUGCAAAGGACGCUGAGGAGCAAAUUGGUGCUUGGGGCCUAGGCGUGAGGUGUAAGGCGAGGCGUGAGCCUCGGGCACACAUAGGCACACUUUUAUUCAAAAUGCAUAUAAAAUACUGAUAUACUAUUCUUUUUAAUAUGUAUCUGUAAGGAGGUAGAUGCAAACUCAUAAAAUUAUAAAUGACAACUAACCAACGCCAUAAUAACAAUUAAUAUUAUUGUAAAAAAACAAAUAGUUUCUUUUAAUUGCAAAAGAGAUUAGACGAAAAAAAUAUUAAAGCAAAACACACUACAAAAAACAAUUAGUUUUUUUCUAAUUUCUUUUGCAAUUAAAAGAAAGGGGAGAAAAAAACUACGGUAGAGCACACAACACAAAAGGUUAUAGAAAAACGAUUAGCUCAUUUUAAAUUAUAAAAGAAGUACAAGAGAGACAAAAAAAAAUUUAGUAGAUCACACAUUGAAAACAUUUGUUUCUUAGCAAUUAGCUUUUUUUUUUUUUUUAAAUUGCAACAUAAAGUAGAAGAAAGAAAAGAAAAUUAGAGUAGAACACAAAAAUUAGAAGAAAGAAAUAAAAAUGAAGUAGAACACAAAUAUGAGCAGUUCUUUAGUGAGUGAACAUCAUUGCCAAAGGAUCCCAGUGAGUGGGAGAUCUGACAGACCUUUGGCUUACACUGCGAGGUUUGUCUCUCGCCAAAAUACAAGAAUAUGCAAUCAAAUCAACAAGAAAUAAGAUCUAAGAUGACAAAUGAACAAGGAAAUAAGGUUUUAAUACACUUGUAUAUACAAGGAAUGCGCCUCAAGCAUGGUGCUGCACCUCAGAGGUGAUGAGGCCUCACGCCUAGACGCGCCUUUGACAACUAUGCCAUGGGGUAGGGGUUUGAACUGCACAUCAAAUCUGCAUCGUUAUUGGAAGGACUGAAAGAACAUCUAAAAUAGGUGGUCAUCUUCUUCAGUGACAGUUGGCUUUUUUUGUUGUGUCUUUUUCAAGACAACAAUGAUAUUCUGCCCCUUAGAUUCUCUUUCAACAUGGGUGUUGGAGCUUCUGGUGAUACCUCCUUCAAUCUUCUGGCGACUAUGGCAGCUUUAUCUUUGGUGGGCAUGCAGCGGUGGUGCCCAUGUGUCACAAGCUUAAUGGCUUAAGUGUAAUAAACCUAUAGAUGCAUAGCUAUAGCGGUAAUAACAGAAAGCAUGUGAUGGGCCGUUCUGCCUAGGCCACUUGUAGGCAAUUGGUUGCAAUAACAACCAGGUGGGUUAGCCUAUAAAAGGCAGUGUAUAUGAGGAUGAGAUCUAUCAAUGAAUACAUUCGGAUCUUUCCCUCUCUAAUUUCUCUCCCUCUCUUCUUUUUCUCCUUAAUUCAAAUCCUCCCUCCCUUUCUCUUUCUUAAAUUUCCUGGCUCUUCCAAAAUUGCCCAAGCCUCAUAUUCGAGGCUUGACAAUUGGUAUCAGAGCUAGCGGCCUCGACAGUGUUUGUGGAAGGAAUUGCGAAGCAGAAGAUGGCGGAAGGAACGAGACUCAAACAAUAAUGGAAGCGCUAGAGUUCGGAAUGUCGCAGACACACGAAGCUAUCACCCAAAGUAGGGAAGAUGUGGCUGCAAUGCGAGAAGGAAUGCGAGAGGAACUGGCGACUUCUCGUGAGGAUAUGCAUCGCGAGCUGGAGAGGCAUAGAGAAACGAUGGAUCAGUUUGGUCAAAGGAUCAAUAGCAUGUUUAAUAUGCUAUCAUCCUUACCGCAAUUCCGUUUUCCAUCGAAAUUCCCCCCGCGAUUUGGAGCUGGACCGAACUCGAAUGGAUUUGGAAUACUUCUGAGACCUCCAGGAGAAGCGGAGUCGGAAGGAGUGUAAGGAAUUGACACGGACCCUCAGGUAAGAGAAUUUCAAUUACAAUCUGGUACUCACACGCCAAUGCCAAGGCUGGAGAUACCAUUGUUUGAUGGAACAAGGCCAAGGUGGUGGAUCCGCCGGUGUGAAUGUUUCUUCCAAUAUUAUAAUGUAGCUGAGUCAUAGCGAAUUACACUGGUCACAACCUAUCUUAAUGAUACGGCUGAUUCCUGGUUUCAAGGAUGGUUUAGGUACCAAGGACUUGAGGUGAGAUGGAUUGAAUUUGCUAAAGAAUUGUGUAGGCGAUUUGGAGAGAAGAAUAUGGCAGAUGUGAUAGAAGAAUUCAAUAAACUUCGGCAAGAAGGGGCUAUAAUGGAGUAUUUGGAAAAAUUCGAGGAACUAGGAGCCUUAAUGUGGAACGCUCAACCGACACUUAUUGAGCAAUAUUUUGUGUCCAGCUUUAUUAGUGGGCUUAAGGAUGAGUUGAGAUCAAUGGUGAAGAUGAUGAUGCCAAUUACAGUUAGGCAGGCAGCAAAAAAAAUCAGAUUACAAGAAUUGACGUUAGAAGCCAUCUACAAAAGGAAUAGGGCCUCCUCUCGUAUAGGACCACUAAUCAGUUUACCUCCUAGUGGACAUGCUAGAGAGAUAGGAGCGACGGGGAGUACAGGUCCACUGAGAGGAAGUCAGCAAGCCUUGGCGAUUAGAAACCCCACUAUGGAAUAGAGGAGGCAGAUGAGGCUAUGUUUCAAAUGUGGAGACCCUUACAGUCCUGGCCACCAAUGUAGAAGGCAACUACUAAACAUGGAAGGUGGUGAGGAGCAAAUACUAGAGAAGGAGCAAGAAGACCUUGAAGAAACAAAGAAGGAGAUUUCUUAAUGUGAUUCUGUCGGUGAAGGAGGGGAAAUUUCAUUUCAUGCAUUGAAAGGGGAACAUGCGGGGCAGAUCAUUAAGGUUGAAGGAAGAGUGGGCAAGAGAAGGAUAAUGGUUCUGAUUGACAGUGGCAGCACCCACAACUUUCUCAAUGAAGCAACUGCUACUGAAUUAAAUUGUGCUUUAGUGAAUACUUCCCCCUUAUUCGUAACUGUAGCCAACGGAGUAAAAUGUACAGCAAUUAUAAGAGUGUAGGGUUUAAAUGGUUGAUGCAAGGGGAAGAGUUCUCUACGGAUCUAAGAAUUCUGGAGCUAGGAGGUUGUGACAUUGUUCUUGGGGUGGAUUGGAUGAGGACAGUCAAUCCUUUGACUUUCAACUUCAACAAAUUGGAAGUCAUAUUGGAUUUGAAGGGAAGGAAGCUGACUUUAAAAGGGUGCCUCGAGGUAGGGGAAUGUAAGAUGAUUACAGAGAAAAGGUUACAGAAGCUGUUGAAGAAAAGGAAAGGGCAUAUAUCCCAGCUGUUCUCCAUUCAAACUAUGGAGAAGGAUGAGCAGGAGGGCCCUCCCACCACCGACCUCUUUGCAAAGGUAACCUUUCCUACUGUAUUACGCCCAUUGCUUAUGGAAUUUCAGGAAUUAUUUGUGGAACCACACACCCUACCCCCAAAUCGCCUGAUUAAUCGUACUAUACCUUUGAAACCCAAUUUCGAGUCGGUGAACGCCUGAGCCUAUUGUUACUCCCCUUAUCAGAAGGCUGAAAUUGAAAGACAGGUCAAAAGUAUGCUCCAUGCUUCCAUUAUAAAACCUUGUCAAAGCCCUUUCGCAUCUCCCGUUCUUCUCGUCAAAAAGGAGGACGGUACUUGGCGCUUUUGCAUAGACUAUAGACAGCUAAAUGACCUUACUGUGAAAAACAAAUUUCCCAUUCCCUUGAUUGAAGAUCUAUUAGAUGAGUUAAAUGGGGCUGCCAUCUUUACUAAACUAGACUUGAGGGCAGGGUAUCAUCAAAUCAGGAUGAACCCUGCCGACAUCCAUAAAACAGCCUUCAGAACACACCAAUGCCUCUAUGAAUUUCGGGUGAUGCCAUUUGGACUCACCAAUGCCCCAGCUACUUUUCAGGCCCUUAUUACCUAUUUGCCCCAUACUUGCGGAAAUUUAUCCUAGUAUUCUUUGAUGACAUUUUAGUUUAUAGCCCUAACCUCAAACAACACCUACCCCACCUUCAAACCACAUUUGAAAUCCUGAAAUUUAAUCAAUUGUUUGUUAAACUCUCCAAGUGUUCCUUUGCAAAGAAUGAGGUAGAUUAUCUAGGGCAUAUCAUUUCCGGCCAAGGAGUCAGUACAGACCCUACUAAAGUUGCAACAAUGUUGGAAUGGCCUAAGCCUUCAUCUAUAAGGGAGCUGAGGGGAUUUCUUGGCUUAAUAGGGUAUUAUAGAAGGUUUAUACAGAAUUAUGAAGUGAUCAGUAAGCCAUUGACUGAGCUACUCAAGAAGGACAAUUUCGGAUGGAAUUCCCAGGCUGAAAAUGCUUUCAACACUCUUAAAAAAGCAAUGACACAAGCCCUGGUUCUGGCUUUAUCGGAUUUCUCUAAGGCCUUUGUGGUGGAGAUCGAUGCAUGCGACAUUGGGGUAGGAGCAGUGUUGACACAAGAAGGAAAACCCUUAGCUUACAUCAGCCAAGCACUGGCUGCUCGACACCAAGGGCUAAGUGUGUGUGAAAAAGAAUUGCUAGCCAUGAUCAUAGUUAUCGACAAAUGGAGACAUUAUUUGGAAGGAGCCCCCUUCAUAAUACAGACCGACCAUGACAACCUAAAACAUCUUGUACAACAGAAGUUGCAUACACACUUGCAAAGGAAGGGAAUAUCCAAAUUGUUGGGCCUGAAUUAUGUGAUACAAUAUAAGAAGGGGAAGGAGAACAUUGUGGCAAAUGCUCUGUCACGAAGAUCAGAAGCAGGGGAAUGUAAGGCCGUUACCGCAAUGGUGCCUGAUUGGGUCAAAGAAGUUAUUGAAAGCUAUGAAAAGUUUGAUUGGACUAAGUCCCUACAAACUCAAUUGGCAGUCCGGCAUACCAAUGAACAAGGGUAUUCUAUGUCUAAUGGUCUAAUCAGGUUUAAGGGCAGAUUAGUCGUGGGAAAUGACAAGGAACUAAAAGCCAAAAUCUUACAGGCACUACAUAGUUCUUCAUUACGCGGGCACUCAGGGGUUAGAGCUACUUAUUAUCGGGUUCGACAAAUGUUCUUUUGGCCUGGCCUCAAAAAAGAAGUUAUGAAGUUUGUGGCAACUUGCAUGACAUGCCAACGUUGCAAACAUGAACAAGUGGCUUAUCCAGGAUUGUUACAGCCACUGGCUAUACCGGAUCAAGCGUGGGAGGAGAUAUCCGUGGAUUUCAUUGAGGGCCUACCCAAGUCAGAAGGCCGAAAUGCGAUCCUAGUUGUGGUCGACAAGCUGACCAAAUUUGCUCACUUCAUUGGCCUCACACACCCAUUCACAACCCAAGAAAUUGCCCGAGUGUUCAUUGAUAUAGUGGCCAAAUUGCAUGGACUACCUAAAUCCAUCGUCUCGGAUCGAGACAAAAUAUUUACCAGUCACUUCUGGUAGGAAUUGUUCAAGAACCUAGGGGUGAGUCUACAUAUGUCAUCAACAUAUCAUCCUGAGUCAGAUGGGCAGACCGAAAGAGUCAACUAGUGCUUGGAAUCUUACUUGCGAUGUAUGUAUUUUGCUUGGCCUAAGAGUUGGGGUAAAUGGCUAUCUUUAGCUCAGUGGUGGUAUAAUACAACUUACCAUAGCACUAUCAAGAAGACUCCCUUUGAGGCUCUAUUCGGAUACUAGACACCUACAAUGCUUGCCAUGACUGGUGCCAACAGGGCGUGAACUAACGCAACUGAGUAUUUGCAAGACAGACAGGAGAUGAUUUCACUACUCAAACAGGAGUUGGCUAUCGCUAACAACAGGACGAAGCAGGUCGCAGACCGCAAACGAAGUGAUCGAAACUUCGAAGUAGGCGAUCAGGUCUUUCUAAAGGUUAGACGCUUCCUACAGUCCUCCUUUUCCACCAUCACCCCCACCAAGUUGAGUCCUAAGUACUUCAGACCAUUUUGUAUCUUGGAACGGGCGGGUCAAGUCGCCUACAAGCUGCAGCUACCUCCCAAUGUGGAAUGCCAUCCCAUAUUUCGUGUCUCUCUCUUGAAGAAGUACAUCGAGCCUAAUGCUAUUGUGAGCUCAUAAUCGCCUCCUGUUGCUGAAGAGGCCGACGGAGCAGUGGAACCACUAGCCAUCAUCGAUAGACGGGUAGUCCAUCAGGGCACCUUACCUCUCAUCCAAGUGUUGGUCCAAUGGUCCAAUCGACACCCUGAAAAUACCACUUGGGAAUACCUUCCCCAGCUGUUGAAUCAAUUUCCACGAGCUGCUCAAUUACUCACCUUCCUUGGGGACAAGGAAGAUUUUAAGGGGCAGGGAUUGUCACAAGCCAUUAGGCUUAAGUGUAAUAAACCUAUAGAUGCAUAGCUGUAGCGGUAAUAACAGAAUGUAAUAACAUAAAGCAUGUGAUGGGCGGUUCUGCCUAGGCCACUUGUAGGCAAUUGGUUGCAAUAACAACCAGGUGGGUUAGCCUAUAAAAGGCAGUGUAUAUGAGGAUGGGAUCUAUCAAUGAAUACAUUCGGAUCUUUCCCUCUCUAAUUUCUCUCCCUCUCUUCUCUUUCUCCUUAAUUCAAAUCCUCCCUCCCUUUCUCUUUCUUAAAUUUCCCGACUCUUCCAGAAUUGCCCAAGCCUCAUAUUCGAGGCUUGACACCCUGUUCUCUCACACUGGGUUUCUUCUGCAAUGCCAGGAGCCUUCCUUUGGUGUGGUGGUUGAGCAAGCUCUCUCCCUCUCUGGCAUGAUUACAGAAAUUUUAUUGGGUCUCUUUCAACCUGGCCAGUGCCAUCUACUGCAUCUUGGUCUUCUCCCUCUGCUGUUGUUGUUUGUUGGUGGCAGUGUGGUACUUAGCCUCCUUCCUCAACCUCUGAUGGUUGCCUCCUCUCUCUUGUUGCUCCACCAACUAACAAAACGUACCUUUUUUUAUGUUAUUUUUGUCUCUUGUAAAAGUUCUCUCUGCAACGUGAUUUUUAUAUCUCAUGAUCACUAAUCAAUCUUGACUCUGAUGCCAUUUAUGAGGAUCAGAUCACACACACCAUACUUAGAAAUCAAGAGAAGAACAAUUCAAAUUUGGUAAUGUGAUUUAGUCUCAAUGCCUAUGUCCACGAUCCCAAGACAAUGGGAUAAUCUAGUCACUCAAUCUAGUCACUCAAUUAAAAUACAGUUUUGCAUGGAGAAAAUUAAAAAACCCUUACAUUGCUCUCUACUCCAGAUAGCCGCUCACACUUCAAGGACUAUACUUAUUUGGUUGUGGCACUCACUUUUUUGUCCAAGUCUAUUGGGCACGUCUAUUGUAGAUAUCUCAGCAUAGGAUUACUGAGACUCAUUCAGUCAUUCUCUGUCAGACUGUUUCCCAGAUGAGCUCACACCUAUCCUUAUUUGGUAUGGAUUUUGAGAAGCUAUCUAACAUGGUGAGUUAUAGAUUAAUUUGGCAACCAAACUGAAUCAAAAUUUUAAAAAACUGAUUUAACCAAAUAACUAUAUUGAUCAAAAUUAAAUAAAGCAAUUGGAAUAAUUGAAAUGACCAAAAUUAACCAAAAUAAUCGAAAUAAUUGAAAUGACCGAAACUAAUCAAAAUAAUUGAAUUUUGUUCAAAAUAACCAAUUAUUGUCAAUUAUUAAUAAAAAGUGUAAUUACUAAUCAAAGUUUUUAUAGUAGGAAUUUUAGAUAUUUUAGUAAGUGUAAUUAUUGUCAAUUUGUCAUAGGCAGCAAGUUAUGUUUAUUUUAGUGGUAAUUUUGUAAAUAGCUUAAAGUUUGGUUCUAAUUUUUGAAAAUAGUCAUAAAUUUUGGUUAUUUAGGUCAAUUGUUUUGUUAAAAAUUGAAUUAUAAUUUUUAAAACCAAGCAGAAUUAAAUUAACCAAAAAACCAACAUUUGUUGGUUCAAUUUAGAAAAUUGAUUUUUACUGAAUAAUGCUCUCCCUACUUUUAGAUAUGAUAAAUUAUAAGAGCCUUAUAGAAGAUGAAGUCAUAUUUAGAAAUGACUAACGAGUUAGAAUUUAUGUUGCCGACUCCACAUAGUGGGGUUAAGGCUUGAUAGUUGAUAUGUGUGGUUUGAUUCUUGCCUAACAUGGUAUAGCAUAUCUCAUAUCUAGAUAGAUAGUGUAAUUAGGGUUAUCAUUAGAAAAUAAGAAUAAUGCCCAAGUCAAUUCCCCACAAUGUACUUGGUUGGAGUCACCAGGAGUGCACUUGGCUUUUCUCCUAACUAACUGCUGAGUAGGUAGAGUCACCAUUUUGCCUCAUUUUUGGUAGUUCUCACUUCGGUUGCCAUGGUCAUCACUAGUUCACACUUAAUGCCUAGUACUAUCUCUCGGACUUCACCUUAAGGGUUCCUUCAUAUUGAUUUCUCAUGCUAACACCAUCGACACAUAUUUUUCCAUAAUUCUCAGCAUCACAAAUUUUCAAACCAUUGUUCUCAAUUUGUUCUCAUAAUUCAAAUAUUUUUCAUAUACUAUGAAGUAAAAUUAAGAUCAUAUAAUCAUGUGAAAUCAUUUCACAAUCAUGCAUGACAAUAAAUUUUAAAAUAUAUAUUCAACAAAAACAACUACCAAUGUUGUUUUUAUAUGCGUUUUGCUUGGCUCAAAGUCGUCAUUUCUUGUUUCUUGUUCUCUUGCCUUAGCUGGUUUAUAUAUGUCUCUUUCCUCAUCUUUUGUGUGAAGUUGGUAUGAAUUUUCAUUACCUUUGAUUUUGCUUCGUUUUUGGCCUAAAUAUACUACUUCAGGUUUUCUUCAUCUCACUACAUGUAUGUAACGUUUUCUUGCAAGUUCUUGUACCCUUUUAUUCAACCACCAGGACUAUUUUUGGUUCUGAUUUGUCUAGAAUUUAUAAUUGUCUGAUCUAAUUUGUUUGAUGUUGGUUGUUGGCUACCAAAUGCGACUGCUCUUUUUCAUCUGGGCUUGGGACGAGCUUUGGUUAUAGCUGUCAAUUAAUCCGUAGGAAAUAUAGAUUGGUUAAAACUUAUAAUCCUACAAAAUAGGUCGGUAGAAUAGUGAGUGAUGACAACUCUAGUUCAAUUAGUUAGUCUUUGAUUAGAAAUAAAUAGGGAACAGGGUUUCGGAACCUGGUUUCAACUUUACCUCUUGAACUGGGGUAAGUGUUGCUUCCUGUAUACUUCUCUUCAAAGCAGAUAAAGUAUAAUGAACCUGGAACUGUCAUGGAAGCAGAUGGUGAGAAGGAAUUAUGGGAUAAAUUUUUUGGUGGAAUGGUCUUCUUUAUAGAACAACAUAUCCAGCCUUUAUCCCAAUAUGUGGUCUUCUUUAUACAUGAAGGAUAAUUGCAUUGACAAACCAUGCUACCUGAUGUAGUAUCCUUGAAAUUUGCUAAUAGCACACAGCGUCAAGAAAGACCUGGUUAGCAUAAAAUCAGCAGUGUUAAACACAGAUGAAGCCGCAAAAACUUGUAAGUGUGGGUUAAUUAGGUAUAAAAAUUAAAACACUUUCCAAUUAAUGGAUGGCUGCUAUGCUAAUUCACAAUAACUGUUGGAAUUAUUGUUCUUGCUUGUCCUGAUAUUUCCAUUUAAUCUGUUUGUUGGCUUGGCUUGGCUACUUGAUCUCGUUCCCGGAUGGUCUGCUUUGAUGGCCUUUAAAU